GCCCGCGCACGCUGCGCCGAUACGCCGCGCAAAACAUAAACAAUAUGCUCGAGAUUCACAUGUACCCCAAAUUUUAAAAAUAUUGCCAGUAUAUGCGUUGACUGGCGGUCUGAGUGAGCGUUUCUAUGACAGAUAUUUAAAAAAAUUGUGUGACGGUUAAUAUUUGGAAAUAUUUUAUCGCUUUUUUGUUGUGAUUUUUAUAGAUAUUAAUAGUAUUGUGAGUGGUUUGGAUGAGUAAACAUUAGAUGCUUUGAUACGUAUAAAAAAAUAGAAAUAUCCAACAUAAUUUAUAUAGCUUAGUGAACAUUCGUUUUUGACCCGACCAAACAUCCAAAUAUACUAAGUGACUUGGACUAUGCUAUAGAUACUUAUUAUCAAAGUGGUUACCAAAAAUGGCGGUGGCUUCGACAAUGCUGAAAGGGUUGGGCAAUAUGAUCUCUGGGGGUGAGCGGGAGAGGGCGCUCGCGGUCGACAUGCCCUCCUCUGUGGAUAUCCAGUUCACAAAUCUCUCGCUUACAGUCACUGAAGGAUUCAGGAAGAAAAGAACGAAGACUAUCCUGAAGAACAUCUCCGGUCUGUUCCGCUCCGGGCAGCUGACGGCCAUCAUGGGGCCCUCCGGCGCCGGCAAGUCGUCUCUCAUGAACGCGCUCACUGGCUUCUCCAUGCAAGGCGUGACGGGCAUGAUCAGGGCGGGCAACAGUGUCUGCCAGUUGGAAACACAUCAGCGGUCAAUGCGCGCACUAAAACACUACCGGAGCAAAUCAGCAUACAUCCUUCAGGAUGACCGCAUCAGCCCGCUGUUCACAGUCGAGGAGCUGAUGAAAUUUGCGGCCGACAUGAAACUGGGCAACAUGACCGACAAACUAAAGCUUACUAUGAUAAGAGAAGUGCUGGAAGACCUGGGUUUGUCUGGCACAGAGAAGACGCGGUGCGGUAACCUGUCAGGCGGGCAGCGGAAACGGCUGUCCAUAGCGCUGGAACUGCUGGAUAACCCUCCAGUACUGUUUCUGGACGAGCCCACCACCGGACUGGACAGUGUGACGUCAGCACAGUGUAUAGAAAUGCUAAAGAAUUUGGCGCGUUCAGGCCGAACCAUCGUAUGCACCAUCCACCAGCCCACCGCCUCCAUAUACUCGCUCUUUGAUCAGGUAUACAUCUUGGCAGACGGAAUGUGCGUAUACCACGGUGCGAGCGAGAACACAGUGCCGUACCUCGCCAGUGUUGGUCUCCAGUGCCCGAAAUACCACAACCCCGCCGACUACAUGCUAGAAAUAGCGACCGGUGAAUACGGCAGCUUCAACGAGCUAUUAUCAGUGGAAUGCAACAAGAUGGACUGGACACGCGCGCCGGCGCCGAUGCCGAGCAAAGCUGAUCAGCUCUGCAAGACCACCAUCUCUGCUGCGGUCAAACCCCCGUCCGAGUGGUACAGAUUGGGGAUACUGUUUCGGCGGUGUUUCAUACAGCAAUAUAGAGACUGGACGGUGACCCACCUAAAAGUGUUGUUCCACAUCGUGGUAGGCGUGAUGCUGGGAUUAAUCUUCGACGGAUCAGGGAACGACGGCGCCAAGACCUUCUCGAAUCUUGGCUACCUGAUGAUAUCCAUCGUCUACGUGAUGUACACGUCGCUUAUGCCCGGGAUAUUGAAGUUUCCCGCCGAGCUGUCGAUCAUAAAGAAAGAAACUUUCAACAAUUGGUACCAGCUGAAGACGUAUUACGUGGCGCUGCUGUUCACUGGCGUUCCCAUUCAGAUCUGGUACGCGUUCGUGUACUCAGCGCCGUCAUACUUCUUAACGGAGCAACCUCAGGAUCUAUCGCGGUUCGCGAUGUUCGUGUUGGUGCUAUCGCACACCACGCUACUAGCUGAUGCGCUUGGCAAUCUGAUUGGGACCUUUCUCAAUCCCGUCAAUGGCACAUUCUGUGGCGCCAUCUACUCCUGCUGCAUGCUGGUGCUGGCGGGUUACCUGGUGCUGCUGUCGCACAUGUCCUGGUUCAUGCGGCUGCUCUCUAACGCGUCCUUCGUACGCUACGCCUUCGAGGCCAUCAUCUUGUGUAUCUACUCGUUUAACCGCCAGGCUCUACCCUGCCCUGAAUAUCAAGAAUACUGCCAUAUGAAACACCCGAAGGAAGUGAUCAAGCUCUUCAGCUACAAGCCAGACAACUUCUGGGUGGACAUCGUCCUGCUGUUCCUGACUAUCGUGUUCUUCAGAGUGGCGGCUUAUCUCACUCUACGUCGGAGUAUCAAACGAUCUGGUUAAUAGUUAUAGCUAAACUUAAGAGCUGUACUGAAUUGACAACAUUUUUUAUAGAAAAUUCGCGCCGGAUUUCGUGAAUCGACUUAUAAUAUUUACUAAAUAGAGACAUGUAAAUGCGAAUCACUUCGUUCCUAUUUGCCCCUCUACCAUGGUUAAAAUGGCCUUAAACGCUUUACAGGUUUUUCUCAGUCGGAUUUUCUCGUUCGAAUUUUAUGACAAAUCUAAGUUCAGUAAAAAAUUUAACGUUUGUCGUUAAUUUUCCACGAAUAUGACUAAAAACUGCAAAGUGAAAUAAAUGUAAUUAAGUAGGUAGAUAAUUCAGUUUUCAAAAUGUCGGUAACUAAGUUUUGAAGACUUUAAUAAGUACUUAAAAAUAUUGGAAUUUAAAUUAAUUUUGUACUGAACAGAAACGUCUGCGAACGAUGCUAUUAAGCUUAGGAAUAAAUUAAAAGUGCAAAAAUUUAACUAGAUCGUGAGUUGAAGUCUCACCCAAGGUAGUAAAUUUAACCACUUAUAAUUUUAAAAUGGAAUUUGCGACUCUGCCCAUAUGUAAAGGUUUUCUGUUAGUGUAGAUUGGAUUAAACAUAAACAUGAAUUGGUGCAGGCAUUUAACACAAAUGUAUAGUAUAGGUAAGUAGUAGGUAACUUAAACAAACAUAAUAUUAUUUAUAUUAUGAUGAUUUCUCCAUAUAAAGUAACUUGCCACCGGCCAAUAACUGGCCACCCUAUAACUAAAAAUGAAUUAUAGGAGAAUAUAAUUAAUUUUUAGUUUAGGGUGGCCAGUUACUAGCAGGUGGCCAGUUACUGGUGAAUUAGGUAGGUAUGUGUCGAUUUUGAUACGAUUGUUAUUUGUUAGGUUCAUGUGACUUUUAAAUAUGUUUUCAAAUCAUAAAAAUGGUCGUUUAAAACCAAUUAUGAUUAAA